ACUCGUCCCCCGGCGGUGCCCUGAGGCGCCUCCACCGGCCGUCCUUCGCGCCCGUCUGCCCUAGUUGGUGGCCCGCUGGAGGUCGCGUGGCGCCACCCAGGGCCUGGCCACGCCGGCCGCCGGGCCGGGGAGGGGCGGGGCGGAGGGCGCCGAUCGUCUCGUGGUCACCGCGGCGGCGGCACACAGAGAGCUGAGCCGUCGGGCCGACAGCACCUGACAGCCCACCGUCCCCGCCAUGCGUCUCCUGGUGUGUCUCCUCGUCUGCCCAGCGGCGCUGGCCGCCAACAGUUUCAACUGCCCUCCGACCGAGAACACGGGCUACUUUGCCGACCCGGACCAGUGCGACAAGUACUGGGAUUGUGACCGGGGCCUGGCCACGGCGCGGCUCUGCCCCGACGGCAUGGCCUUCAGCGAGCGGGCGCGCCGCAACACGGACCCGUGCGUGCUCCACUGGCUGGCCGGCUGCCAGGGACGGACGCUCCAGGCCCCGAACGGAACGCUGCCGUGCGAUCGUCAGAACGGUUACUUCGCUCACGAAGACCCCAGCAACUGCAUCGACUACUACCACUGCCUCAACAACGUGCCGUCGCCGGCCACGUGCGCGCCCGGCCUCGUCUUCAACCCCAGGUCGCACGGCUGCGACUGGCCCACCGACGCUAACCGCGAGGGAUGCAACACCAGGGCCUCUGUUGAUGGCUUCACCUGCCCCAACGAAAUCGUUCUGAACAGCAAUGGCCUUCGUGAGCAGCACCCGCGUUACAACGACCGCAACGACUGCCGGUCGUUCUUCGUGUGCCUGGAGGGCGUGACCCCGCAGAAGGUGCGCUGCCCUCUCGGAGAGGUGUUCUCCGAGAACCUCAACAGCUGCACGCUGGCCGAGUUUGUGCCCGGAUGUGAGGACUACUACAAGGACCACCCGCUGAGGAACAGGUUCAAGGAUGCCGAUGGCGACGGCCGCAUCGACGUCAAUCUGGAGGCCUUCAGCCAGUUCUGAGCUCGUCGCACUUCCGGCUUGGUGGUUGAAAUGCUGCUUUAUUGUCAGGAGUUCUUAAGAGCCCUUCUUGUCAUGUCUCUACUGGUUUGAUGCCACAAACAAAGGUCUUCUUUUCGCAUGCGUAUGUUCAUGUACCGUAGCAAAUGAAAUAUGUUGUCGAGUGAUGUUCAUUCUGAAAUGAAGUGCAUCUGGUCAGUUUCGAUCGAUAAGUUAUGGUUGCCGUUGGUUCAGACACACACCAUUUAUGUGUCAUGUUCAGUUGUAGUAGGUGUAACAUGUCUACGUUAGUGCGAGUGUACACAUACAUUUAGAUCAUUGUAUUUGCAGGAUCAUGGUUAAUUUGAAAACGCGGAAAAAGAAAUACAAUAUUUGUCGCUGCAUUG